AUGCGUGGUCUUGACCUAUCCCUUGUCACCCAUCACCUUGACACAUUUCCCAACUCUAAGCCAAUAAAGCAACAUGCUCGAAAGUAUCACCCUGACCUUGAGGCGAAGAUUAAGGAAGAAGUAGAAAAAUUACAGAGGGCCAAGUUCAUUGAGCUUAUACAGUACCUAACUUGGCUAGUAAAUAUUGUGCCUAUGAAGAAGAAUGGCCAGAUUAGGGUUUGCGUAGACUUUCACGACCUGAACAAGGCCUACCUGAAAGAUGAGUUUCCAUUGUCCCAUAUUGACACACUUGUCGAUUCUACUGCGGGCCAUCAGAUGUUCUCCUUUAUGGACGAGUUUAAUGGUUAUAACCAGAUCAAAAUGGCACCAGAAGAUAUAGAAACGACAGUUUUCAGAACGCCCUUGAGAAAUUUUUUCUAUAUAGUGAUGCCUGUCGGUUUAAAAAACUCGAGGGCAACCUAUCAAUGCGCUAUGACUGCAGUAUUCCAUGAUAUGUUACAUCAUGAAGUAGAAGUGUAUGUGGAUGAUCUGUGUGCACUCAGAGUUACCGUAGGAAAGUUCCUUGGUUUCUUGGUACACCAAUGUGGUAAUGAGGUAGACGGGGAUAAGAUCAAGUCCAUCAUGGAGAUGCCACCACCACACUCUCAAAAAGCCUUGAAGAAAUUCCUAGGCAAAGUGUCAUACCUUAGGAUGCUUAUUCUAACCCUUGCUGAGAUAACAUUUUCCUUUGGGACAUUGCUGAAAGGGAAUCACAAGUUUGAAUGGCUACCAGAACACCAACAGGCAUUUGAUAUGGUUGUGACCAGGAGUGAUCUAGUCCGCUACUUACUAAACAAGCCCGCUCUGACCAAAAGAAUGACAAGAUGGCUUUUGGCUCUAGUAGAAUAUGACAUAACAUGCGUUACUCCCAAGGCUAUUAAGAGCCAAACACUUGCAGACUUAUUUGCCCAAUUCCCGUCUAGUGAACAUGAACUUGCAGAGGUACCUCUACCAGGUGAGGUCCACGUUUCAGCGGUCGCAGUUGAGACUUAUUGGGACUUAAAAUUUGAUGGAGCUUCUAGAGCUAGGAAAUGUGGAGCUGGCAUCACACCGACCAAUCAAAAAGGAGAGAAGUUUCAUUUAUCAUAUAAGCUUCACUUUGAAUGUUCAAACAACGAGGCUGAAUAUGAGGCGUUGAUACUGGGUUUGAUUGCUACUCAAAAGAAAGGCCUCCGUAAGUUGAAAAUUUGGGGCAACUCCAAGUUAGUUGUUAAGCAAACAAUGGGCGAUUUCACCUUGAAGGAGCCUUUGCUUGCCCCAUAUUGCACCAUAGAUCAAAAGUUGCUCAUCCAGUUUGAUGAUGUCCAAAUCUUACACACCCCUCAAACACGCAAUCGUUUUCCCGAUGCCUUGGCUACACUGGGGGCAAAGGUGGAUAUACCAGAUGAUAGUAUAGCCAUCGUCAUCGAGAAAAGAACAACACCAACAGUGUUAGCCAAAAAACAUACAGAGCAAAAUACCAAGGGAUGGAAAACAGAUAUAAUCCAACAGCUGAAAAUAGGCCAGGGAACUAUCAGACCAGUAGAACUUGCAUCAUCCCUGCUCCUUAAAGGAGAGUUGUAUUUUCGAGGUCCCAACAACCUGUUAGCAAGGUGCAUCGGUAGACAAGAAGUAACUUACAGACUUAAGCAGAUCCAUGCUAAGUCCUGCGGAGAUAGGGAUAUCAGUCUAUAUCGACGAAUACAGGUGCAAGGGUACUGCUGGCCAGAAAUGGAAAAAGGAAAGUAUAGAGUUGUAGAGGCAAUGUGCAAAAUGUCAGUCCCAUCCUAA